AUGUCUGCGGAUCUCAAUAUGUUUACUAGCAAACGUUUACAUGCAACGUGACAUGUUUGACAUUGUUCAAGAAAUGACUAAUGAAAUGGUAGAAAAGUUGUGGCGUGAUGGCCGUAUCUUUUAAUCGAUACCUUAUUUUACCGGAAAUUGAAAAAAGUGACUACAAGGUAUCUCAAGAAAAUAAACAUAAAUAUACGGAUGAAAAUACAACAAGAAAUUCAUCUAAUGAACAAAAAUCCUCCGUGAUACCGGCAACUGUACCUUUGUGUGUCUUGGGUGAUGUCCAGUUACGUUUCCUGUGUCCAGAUGAUUUGGAGGAAGUACGGGCACUCUGUCAAGAUUGGUUCCCCAUUGAUUAUCCUUCUUCGUGGUAUGAAGAUAUAACAAGUUCCUCACGGUUUUAUGCACUUGCUGCUGUAUAUGGUGGAGUAAUAAUCGGACUCAUUGUCGCAGAAAUAAAGCCUUAUGCCAAAUUAAACACAGAAGAUCGUGGUAUUUUGUGUUCAAGUUUAGGAAAUGAUUGUUUAGUGGGUUAUAUUCUUAGCUUAGGUGUUCGUCGCGCAUAUAGAAGAAAUGGGAUUGCAUCGUUAUUGUUGGAACAAUUAUUAGCACAUGUCACUGCUCCAGAACGUUCUUCCGUAAAAGCAGUCUUCCUGCAUGUAUUAUCUAGCAAUGCACCAGCUAUUUUAUUUUAUCAGAGAUGUCACUUCCGAUUACAUAGUUUUUUACCAUACUAUUAUGUAAUCCAUGGCAAAUGUAAAGAUGGUUUUACUUAUGUUCUCUAUGUCAAUGGGGGACAUGCACCACGUGGUAUUCGGGAUUGGUUGCGUCAUAUAGCCAGUGCAAUGGCUAGUCUUGGGCCAUGCAGAAUACCUCGUUGGAUUUGGCAACGGCUUCUUUGGGUUACUACUAUUCUUUCAUAUCAUAGAUGAUACUUUUUGACAAAUACCAAUGU